AUGACUGAAGUUGAGCUCCAGGCACCACCAAGCGACGGUGUCUCGUGUCUCCGUUUCGGUGCUCAGUCCCAGCUAUUGGUAGCAUCAUGGGACGCAACACUGCGUGUCUACGAUGGUGCUAGAUUGCGCACAAGCGUCGAGAUGGAGACGCCUGUACUCAGCUGUUGCUACGGCAAAGACGACGCCGAGGCCUUUGCGGGUGGUCUCGACUGUGUUGUGAGUCACGUGGACAUGAAAACACGCCAUAAAACGGCAAUUGGGACGCACAAUGCUGCUGUAAGACACGUGGGUUACUCGAAUGAGUGUGGAUUGACAGUGAGUGGCGGUUGGGAUGGCCUCAUAAAGAUCUUUGACGUCCGGAAUGGAGUUAACGCUAUGAUUCAUGAGAUUCAAGUGCCUGGAAAGGUCUUUGGUAUGGACGUUCGUAAUCAUUUAGUAGCAAUUGGCACAUCUGAGAAACAAAUGAUGGUGUUUGAUAUGAGACAAUUGGAUCAGCCUCUUGUCCGGAAAGAAAGUCCCUUAAAAUACCAGAUACGCUGCGUCCGUGUCUUUCCUGAUCUUAUGGGAAUCGCUCUGGCGUCAGUAGAAGGUCGUGUGGCACUUGAAUACUUUGAUGACGACACGAUAAUGAUGGAAAUGAGUAAAAAGAAACGCAGUUACGCAUUUAAAUGUCAUCGUGGUAAAGUGGACGGUCAGACGCUUAUUUAUCCCGUUAAUGCAAUUGCUUUUCAUCCAACGUAUGGUACGUUUGCCACGGGAGGAUGCGACGGAGUUGUGAACCUUUGGGACGGCGCCAACAAAAAACGCAUCACGCAUUUGCGUCAAUAUCCGACGAGUAUCUCGGCCAUGGAUUUUAAUCAUGAUGGAUCAGUACUUGCUAUUGCUGCUUCGUACACCUAUGAACAGGGUGAGAAAGACCACCCGAACGAUGCCAUUUUCCUUCACACGGUGCAGGAUUCCGAGGUACGGCCUAAGAAGAAGGCUGUGGCGUAA